CUUUGCGAUACGGAGACUUUUUGCGGAACACCUCCUCCGCCUCCCGCCUCCCUUCCCGCCUCGUGGGUGCCAUGGCAACGGAGAGACGGCGACCUGGGUUCCGGAAACCGGAGAGCUAGAGCUUUGAAGCCACCCGGGUCAAAGGAUGCUGAGUCCAGAGCGCCUAGCCCUACCGGACUACGAGUAUCUGGCUCAGCGACAUGUCCUUACCUACAUGGAGGAUGCCGUGUACCAGCUGCUGGAGAACAGGGAGGAUAUUAGCCAAUAUGGCAUUGCCAGGUUCUUCGCUGAAUAUUUUAACAGCGUAUGCCAGGGAACUCACAUUCUCUUUCGAGAAUUCAGCUUCAUUCAAGCCACCCCCCACAAUCGAGUUUCAUUUUUACGGGCUUUCUGGAGAUGCUUCCGAACUGUGGGCAAAAAUGGGGAUCUGCUGACCAUGAAAGAAUAUCACUGUUUGCUGCAGUUGCUGUGCCCUGACUUCCCACUGGAGCUCACUCAGAAGGCAGCCAGGAUCGUGCUCGUGGAUGAUGCCAUGGACUGCUUGAUGUCUUUUUCAGAUUUCCUUUUUGCCUUCCAGAUACAGUUUUACUACUCAGAAUUCCUGGAGAGUGUGGCUGCCAUCUACCAGGAUCUGCUGUCAGGCAAGAACCCCAAUACGGUGAUCGUGCCGACGUCAUCCAGUGGGCAGCACCGCCAGCGACCUGCCUUGGGCGAGGCGAGCACGCUGGAGGGAGUGGAGGCAUCACUGUUCUGCCAGUGCCUGGAAAGCCUGUGUGACCGGCACAAGUUCAGCUGCCCACCCCUGGCACUGGUCAAAGAGGUCCUCAGCAGCGUUCAGAGACUGACCUUCUACGGAUUUCUUGUGGCUCUCUCAAAGCACCAUGGGAUCAACCAAGCCCUCGGAGCCCUGCCUGACAAAGGGGACCUGAUGGACGACCCAACCAUGGACGAGGAGCUCGAACGGCUGCUGGUCCAGGUCCCCGGCCUGGUCAACCCAGUCGCAGCCAGUCCAGAGGCCAGCUGCCUGCCUGCCCGGACCCCUCCCCGGGUUGGCUCCCCCUGGAGACCCCUCCAUCACUCCCGAAAAGCGGAUGCGGAGAGCGACGGUUCCACGGAAGAGACGGAUGAGUCUGAGACUUGAAGAGUCAGACGGGGCCUCCGACGGCGCCCCUGGCACGCCCACCCCGCCUUCCCUCGGCGUCCUGCCGUGCUGCCCUCUGCUGGCGACAGGCUGCAUAACAGCCCCAGCCCCAAGACCUGCCAGAGGGCUGCCAUGAGGCAGCCAAGCCCAGCAGCGACCCUAGUCAGUUAACAGCCUGCUGUCCAUGGCCCUGUCAGCCUUUGGGCUCUAGCUAGGCCCCGGGCUGACAGACUGUGCCAGAGCCACCUCGUCACUAGAAAGGGGACUUGGCCUUGGCCUUGGUCAGUCCUGACCUCCUGCGGAAGCGCAGUUUCUUCUAAGCCAGCCUCUGCUGGUCCCUCUCCUCCCAGCAUCUCCGUCAAGGAGAACAUGGAUAGCCACGCAGGGCCUUCCCGUCAAAGGUGACACCUGAGAUGCAUAUCCGGGGAGGAUGUGCCUGGAGGGACAGCCACAGCCCUGACAGGAUGGAGGAGGGUGGGCAAGAAGACAAGUCCACUUUCAAAGCUGCUUCAAGUCUCGUGUCUAAUAGUUAAAUAUGCGAAAUGAAUAAAGUCCCUUGUGUCUGGUGA